AUGCUGUUGGACGAUGUCUCGAACGAACAAUAUGAUGACAGCUAUGGUGUCCAAUUCGGUCCACACAUUCCCGAGUAUUAUAUACUUCUUCGCCCACACCCUCACGCGGCAGGGAAAACACGCCCACUGACCGCCCGUGAACUCGACGACUUGAAGGUCAUCAUACCUCUCGACGACUCAGGCUCGUUGCCGGCACCAUCGCCCUCUCCUGACGCAUUUGCGCUUCGGUCCGAAACUGUGCCAUGGGCUCCUUUCCCGACCGAACAGGACUUUGAGUGGUUCGAAGUACACUGUGACAUGCCUGCGUCAAAGAUGAAGAAGGAUCUCGACGGCAUGCACUCAGGAAAGUGGGCUGACAGAUGCAAGAUCACGUUUCGCACUCCGAAAGAUGUUCAGUUUCAGGCCGACCUCGUCCGCGCUACUGCCAUCCCUUACACACCAGAUACGAUUACCGAGACCUUCCAGGGCACGCCAUACACCGUUGACUUCGAGUAUCGCGAUCCAUGGGCGUAUGUGCGCUCGGUGGCGAAGAAUCAGGCGAUCACGCAUCUUGUGCAUUGGCACUCGACGUCGAAGGUUCUCGUAGAUCGCAUUAAUGAUACUGUAGAUCCUCUUUUCGACGAACCGGAGACCGGUUCCGCCUGGGCAAAGAUAGAGGACCAACUCCCCCAUGCGGAUCCGUACCCGCAUUGCCUCUUCCCACUUCUGUUCUGGCUCGAUAAGGGGCUCGUUUCCAAGCACGUCAAGAUGCAUCCCAUGAUCAUUCGGCCGCUCAGUGUGCACUCGAGUGUCCGUAAUGGCUCAGGUAAUGGUGGCGCAUUCGUCCUCGGGAUGAUGGAAGACAUUCCAGAUCCACCGGGCUUGAAAGACUGGCCAAAAACGGACCAGAAGGCGUGGGCUCGCUUCAAACGUAGGCUCUAUCAGAAGGUUCUCGGCAGGAUCUGGGAUACGUGCCGGAAGAAAGCAAAGAACGGUGGUGCUGUCGAGUGCAGUGACCUGGUUACCCGUUCUCUCCAUCCGGCCGUGCACGUCCUAUCGCUUGAUGCCGAAGAGGCAGGUCAUUGCAAUUGUACGCGUGGCCCCAAAGCGAACUACCCUUGUCCCAAGUGCUUGGUGUACAAGAAGCACCUCGCCGAUAUAACAUCUCGCACCCACCCACCUCGGACCAAGGAAGGUAUGCAGCGCAUUCUGAAGCGCGCUCGAGAGGCCGGCACACUCGGCGAAGCUGAGAAACUGCUCAAAAAGCACGGCAUAUAUGAUGUUGAUCAAUUUCUCUUCGACUUUGCUUUCUCCGAUCCAUACAAGGCAUACGCGUACGACAUCCUGCACUCGGACGAUGAAGGGAAAUGGGGGAAGCACCUGUUCGAGUUUAUCAAGAAGGUCCUGGAGCACCAUGGAGUUCUAGGUGCAUACACCGAUAACAUGCGCUCGUUACCGCGUUGGGCGAGGCUACGUCACUUCAACGAUGUCACAAAGAAGGAUGCCGUUUAUGAUGGAAACCAGUUCAUGGAUAUCUUGCGAACUACCCUGCCUUGUAUCGCCAACUUGCUACCGGCAGACGACGAUCUUGUGCAUGAUACACGUGCAUAUCAACGUGUCCGUAUGACACUCGGCCUUCGUCUUAUGUCUGGCAAGCGAAAAAAGGCUCUACAGGACUUUAUUGCCGAGUACGAGCGUACCAGCAAGAUUGUUGCAGCGAAGACCGACGACGACGAGAUCCACAAGAACUUCGACUUCCUGAAACAACAUCUGACGGCACAUGCUCCAGACGACAUCGAGAUGUUUGGUGCAGCAUACAACCUGUCAACGCGGCCGCAGGAAGGCAUGCACCAGGAAAUGGCAAGUGCCUGGGAACAAACUAACUAUCGCGAUGCGGAAGCUCAGGUUCGUCGUAUUGAUCAGCUCAACGAAGCCAUCGCCGGCAUACGCAUCAAUAUCAACCUCCACGAUCGCGCCCGCCGUGAUCAGGAGGCUCUUGAUGCCGAAUCGGAAGGUAUCGAACAAGCAUCGGCUGUAGACCCUCUACCGACGCACUCGGAGGACGAUACGCCAACCAGUGCAACACCUCGUCACUGGCGGUAUGGCGCAGCUGAGUCAUCAAUGUCCGGUUCCAUUCAGUACGGAAUGGACACGCAUGACGACGACUUCCAUACAAAGCUGCAUGGCUUUCUUUCGAGCAACUUCGCGGAACCGUAUGCCGGCCACGUUGCUUCGUCUAUUCUAAUGCGUGCCUACCACCGGCUUGACCUCGAGUAUCGUUCUAUGGACGACUUCACGGCGGCACGCGAUAUCUUGCGCUGCAACAAGUCGUUCUACCGUGCUCCGCGGUAUGACAGCGCCAUACUCAACGACGACUCGCCCGACAUGACCUUGGUGCGAAUUCACGGCUUAUUUCGCUGCCAGCUCAACUGUAGCACAUGGGAGGACGUCGUGUAUGUGUCCUACUUUCGCCCAACGACAUACAAACCGGCGACGAUGUGGGAUGGUUGUAUCAUUCGCCAGGAGGAAGUUGAGCGAGUAUUCAUCCUGCCCCGCUAUCUCGUUCGUGGUGCUCAUAUGAUACCCGCAUUUAAUGCUCCCGCAUCUCGUCCUCAGCACUUCUAUCUGGAUGAUUGUAUUGACAACGAUAUGUUUGUACGUACUACGCCUCAGCUACAGUUACUCCCACCCUAA